ACUUCCUAUACCGAAGCUAUAUAAGCCGGAGUACAGGAAGCGAGUCCUCCAUUUUCAUCGUUGCAAGGAAGAUGUCUCACCGGAAGUUCAGUGCACCGCGUCAUGGAUCUAUGGGAUUCUAUCCCAAAAAGAGAUCCCAGAGGCAUCGUGGAAAGGUGAAGGCUUUCCCCAAGGAUGAUCCGAAUAAACCAGUGCAUUUGACUGCUUUUAUCGGUUACAAAGCCGGUAUGACCCAUGUCGUUAGGGAAGCUGAUCGUCCAGGGUCCAAGGUAAACAAGAAAGAGAUUGUGGAAUCAGUUACCAUACUGGAAACACCACCUAUGAUUGUCGUUGGUGUAGUUGGCUACAUCGAAACUCCACACGGUCUGCGUGCUCUUACUACUGUUUGGGCAGAGCAUUUGUCGGAGGACUGCCGCAGACGAUUUUACAAGAAUUGGUACAAGAGCAAAAAGAAGGCUUUUACGAAGGCAUCGAAAAAAUGGCAAGAUGAUCUUGGCCGUAAGUCGAUUGAAAGUGACUUCAAAAAGAUGAUGAAGUACUGCAAAGUUAUUCGAAUCAUCGCUCACACUCAGAUGAAACUGUUGAGACAACGUCAAAAGAAAGCCCACAUCAUGGAAAUUCAAUUGAACGGCGGUACCAUCGAACAAAAGGUACAAUGGGCUCGUGAGCAUCUGGAAAAACCGGUUCCGGUGAAUAACGUAUUCGCUCCGGACGAGAUGAUAGACGUGAUCGGUGUUACGAAGGGAAAAGGAUACAAAGGUGUUACAUCUCGUUGGCAUACGAAGAAACUGCCACGUAAAACGCAUAAAGGUUUAAGGAAGGUUGCUUGUAUCGGUGCUUGGCAUCCGAGCCGCGUGUCUUUCACCGUCGCGCGUGCCGGUCAAAAGGGAUACCAUCAUCGUACAGAAAUGAACAAGAAGAUCUACAGAAUCGGGCAAGGAAUACAUACUAAAGACGGCAAGAUCGUAAAGAACAACGCCUCGACCGAGUAUGAUCUUACCGAGAAGACUAUCACUCCCAUGGGAGGAUUCCCUCAUUACGGUGAAGUGAACAACGAUUUCAUCAUGAUCAAGGGUUGCUGCAUGGGACCGAAGAAACGUGUCAUCACGUUGCGUAAGUCGUUGCUGGUACACACGAAACGAUCCGCGCUGGAGAAGAUCAAUCUUAAGUUCAUCGACACCAGCUCCAAAUUCGGACAUGGUCGCUUCCAGACUGCGGCUGACAAGGCUUCGUUCAUGGGUCAGCUUAAGAAGGAUCGCAUCCGUGAGGAGCAAGCGCAAGCAACUACUUCUGCACCGUCAGCUGCGACCGCGUAAUACAAUUAUCAAUAUAAGGAAUUCCUUAUUCGAUGAACAAUAAAAAAACUUAAAAAAAAAAAUUA